CUGUGGAGGUGGCAAUGAUGUAAUCAUGUCGGAUAAAGAUGAUAUUGAGACUGAAGUGAUAACUGAAACAACCUCCAUCCUUGAAGAUGAGAACUGUGAGCCAACCAAGAAUUUUGAGUCAGUUGACCAAAGUGCCAAGUCAGAGAGUAAAUCAGAACCUGUAGCUUCUACUCGGAAAAGACCAGAGUCCAAACCUUCCAGUGACCUUGAGACUUCAGACGUUCUCCCUGUUCAGACAUCACAGGCUGCAGGCAAAGAGACUGUUUCCAAAGAUGUACCCCAGACCGGAUGGGGCUAUUGGGGCAGUUGGGGCAAGUCCUUGCUCUCCUCAGCCUCAGCUACAGUAGCCACAGUAGGACAAGGUAUUUCAAAUGUCAUUGAGAAGGCAGAGACUUCCCUUGGAAUCCCUAGUCCCAGUGAAAUUUCAUCUGAAGUCCAGUAUGCAACAGGAGAGACAAAUGCCAAAGAGAAUGAAAACUCCUCUCCAAUGAGUGGGCCAUUUGGGGUAUUCUCAACUAUCUCUACUGCUGUUCAGAGCACAGGAAAGAGUGUUAUCACUGGGGGUUUGGAUGCCUUAGAAUUCAUUGGGAAAAAGACAAUGGAUGUAAUAGCAGAAGGGGAUCCUGGAUUUAAAAGAACCAAGGGUCUGAUGAACAGGACUUCCACACUGUCUCAGGUUUUACGAGAGGCAAAGGAGAAAGAAGAGCUAUGGACUGCCAAUGAGGUUACCAUGGAAAUGGGCAAGAAAACUCAUUAUGGGCUACUCUUUGAUGAAUUUCAGGGCCUUUCACAUCUAGAAGCUCUGGAGAUGCUCUCCCGAGAAAGUGAAAUAAAGGUGAAAUCUAUUCUUAAUUCUCUAAGUGGAGAAGAAUUAGAGACUCUAAAAUUUGAAUUGGAGCAACUCAAAGAAGCAUUUUCCCUAGCAGAGUUCUGUGAGGAAGAGGAGGAAGAGAAGAAAGGGGAUGAAGACUUUACCAAAGAGAUAACAGAGCUAUUUUCCCAGCUGCAUGUCUCCUCCAAACCGGAGAAACUUAGUAGGGCAAGAAAUACAGCCUGUGAAUGGAUCAGGACAUCUCUGGCCAAACCAUUAGAAGAGAAGGAAGAAGGAAAAAAACAGUUGGAAGCAGAAAAAAUUCAGCAACUCAAUAACAAUUCAAUAGAGGAUAUCCAUGCAUUUGCAAUCCGGAGCCUAGCAGAAUUGACUGCCUGCUUAAUUGAACUGUUUCACAAAACAGCGGCUCUGGUUCUGCAUGGCAGGAAGCAGGAAGUAACAGCCAUAGAAAGGAGCAGAGCCCUUUCCCAGAUGACAGUUGUGUUGUGUAAAGAGUUGUCCUCUCUGUCUAAAGAGUUCACCACCUGCCUAACAACUGCUGGGGUCAAGGAAAAGGCAGAUGUCCUUAAUCCAUUAAUCACUGCAGUAUUUCUAGAGGCAUCAAACAGUGCUUCCUACAUUCAGGAUGCCUUUCAGCUACUUUUACCUGUGCUGGAGAUCUCUCGUAUUGAGAACAAGACUGAAUUACCAGAGGCAUGAGCUACAGGUCCAGAGGCUUUUGUCAGAACACUGAAGAAUAGAGAAGAUUCUACCUGAGAC